UGUAAAGCAUUGUGGGAACUGCUGAGGAUGGCUAAAGCUAGUAGCAAUGUUGGGGUUGUGGUGCAGGACUCUGCUCUGUUGCUGCACCCCGAACUGCUCUCCCGGGAAUUCUUAUUGCUCUCCCUGGAGCGGAGAAACAUUCUAGUAGAAGACGCUUUAAGCAACAAAGAGAAGCUAACAGAGAUAUUUGUACAGCAUGCUGUGCCUCUGCCACAGAGGGAUUUACCCAGGAACCGAUGGGGUAGAAUGAUGGAAAUCAAGAGAGGAGAGAAGAAAUUUUCCACUGUGCAAAAAAGUGCUGGCACUGAAUGUGCGAGAAAAAGACCCCCUAUUGUAUUUGAUGGAUGUUCAACCAGCACAAGCAUAAAGGUGAAGAGAACAGAAAAUGGAGAUGCAUCACAACGACUUAAUCCCUCCCCCAAAGAGAUUACAAAUAGCGCACAAAACAGCAACCCUGCCCCCCGACUUGACUCCACCAGUCCAAACAAAGAGGCAAAGGUGGCCACAAUUGACAAUCAUGGACAGCAUGAUAGUACACCAGUCACUGAUAGAACAAUCAUUUCACCAAAAAGUGCCAACUUACAACAGCCUAUGAUCAUGAAUGCAGUAAAGCUAAAAAGGACUGCUCCAAAAGAAGAAUCUGAUGUGGCGAAUGAUACAAUGCCAACUGAAGCAAAAAGGAAGAUCCAACAUGUUACCUGGCCUUAGCUCUUACAAUGUGGAAUGUCCUCUUCCUGGUUAGGAAGAAAAAUAUGGCAUAUCAAUAUGGGACUUUAUGUGCUCUUUGCAGGUCAUGCAAUGACUGGGGCCAUAGCUGUUUGCCAAUAGAGUACAUUUCUUAUUACCAUGGCCUUCUGUGUGUCAACAACAAUGUGUAUCACCAUGAGUAUUUAUUGUGGGGUAUGUGUGGCUGGGGGUGAGAUUUUUACAAGCCCCAUUAAUACAACUUUAGUAUUUAUUUAUUCAUUCACUGAUUGUGCAGUGGAUCCUGGGAGGAAAGAAACACUGUCCUAUGAAACAAAACUGGAGCAGAGUAUUUUUUCUGUUUUUAUCAGAUAUUUGGAUGACUGUCUACGUAUUAUGUUUCAGAAAAUAUAUGGUUUGUUAAUAAGACUUGUAGAUUUCUUAACGUAUCUGAGCACUUUCAGCUCUACAUUGUUUACAUUUUAAAAAAUAACAAACUGAAUGAAAAUGAAAUAAAAAGAUCUCAGUGUUGUAUAAAUAAACACUGUCUUGAUAAAAAUCAUCACUUAAAGAUCUUUCUGCUCUGAGCGGAUAAAAGUUUCCCCAAUAAGUUUUAUGCCCUGCACUGAAGGUAGGGUUUUAUAUUAUUUUAAGGUUGCCACCUUCAUUGGCUUUAUCAUUUACAUAUGAUUUAUUGCUAUAUUUAAUCCAAUUUAAGCAUCAGGGAUUACACAACUUCUUAUUUGCAUUUGCUAAAACUGGAAAAUGAAUAAAAUUUUUGUACUGGCAGCAAAAUAGCAAUGUAAGGGCUCUUACUCACUGGCGUUCUGACCUGCGCUCCCCUGCGUUCCGUUUUUUGGCGUUCAGCCGCAGGGGAGCGCAGGAAUAGACGCAUGUCAUUAUUUCAAAUGGGGCUGUACUCACUCAGGCGCGUGUAGGCGCCGAACGCAGGAAAAAUGCAGCAUGUUGCGUCUCAACCUGCGUUCGGCGCCUACACGUGCCUGAGUGGUUAAUGGUUUCUUUAGGGUCCCCAGCCUUAAAGAAACCAUAUCAAGACAUUGUGUAACUACUCUUACUUCUUGGUUCUAUCAGUGUUAAUAUGAGAAUAUAGCACAAGGCAGCUCUCCUGUUCAUCAUUUGUUUUCUGCUGGGCACAUACCUGGCCUUUUUGUUAACUAGAGGCAUUAAAAACGAAAAGCUUUCUUCAGCAAUUCAGAUUAA